CAAGCCUCAUCAGCUACUUACUGGGGUACCUCAGGGAUCAGUGCUUGGGCCACUUCUCUUCUUUAUAUACACAACAUCACUGGGACCCAUCAUUCAGGCACAUGGUUUCUCUUACCACUGCUACGCUGAUGACAUGCAACUCUACUUGUCUUUCCAGCCCAACGACACCACAGUGACUGCUCGAAUUUCUGCCUGCCUGGCAGACAUCUCGGCCUGGAUGAAGGAGCACCACCUGCAACUCAACCCAGCCAAGACUGAACUCCUUGUCUUUCCAGCCAACCCUGCUGUUGAACACAACAUCACUGUGCAGCUGGGUGCAACUACAGUAACGCCUUCCAAAUCAGUCAGAAAUCUAGGGGUAACCAUCGACAACAGUCUAAAUUUCAAAGACCACAUCUCAAAGACAGCAAGAUCAUGUAGAUUUACACUCUACAAUAUCAGGAAGAUAAGACCCUUCCUCUCUGAACAUGCCACACAACUGCUUGUCCAGUCACUUAUCAUAACUAGACUGGACUACGGUAACGCUCUCAUUGCAGGCCUCCCUGCAUGUGCAAUUAGACCCCUGCAAAUGAUCCAGAAUGCAGCAGCACGUCUGGUCUUUAAUGAACCAAAGAGAGUACAUGUUACACCACUCCUUGUCUCUCUCCACUGGCUGCCGGUUGAUGCAUGUAUCAAAUUCAAGGCUCUGAUGCUGGCAUACAGAACAUUCACUGGGUCUGCUCCAGCAUACCUAAAAUCAUUUAUGCAGAGCUACACGCCCAAUAGAAGCAUGCGGUCGGCUAAGCAACGUCGCCUUGUUGUACCAACACAAAGAGGCACCAAAAUACUUUCCCGGACUUCAUCAUACUACAUUGGUGGAACGACUUUCCCAACUCCAUCCGUGAAGCUGACUCACUCUCUGUCUUCAAAAAACGACUAAAAACACAUCUUUUACAUGAGCACUUAACCAGUCAUUUAAAAAAAAAAAAAAAAAAAAAAU